CCGAGGCUGACGCGUUCGUCUCUCGCUAUCUCUCUUUUGACUCCCCCUUUCAUCUGACAAAAUGCCAUUCAAGGAGAUCAAACUCAACGACGGCCGCAUCAUCCCCCAGAUUGGGUUCGGAACUUGGAAGAUCCCUCAGGACAAAACGCAGGAUAAUGUACUCACUGCCAUUGACGUCGGUUUUGACCAUAUUGACACCGCUCAAGUCUACGGGAAUGAAUUGCAAGUAGGCGCAGCGCUGAAGGAAACUGGGCUGAAAAGGAGCGACGUGUGGGUGACCACGAAAUGGUCUGGAGUAGCUGCUACUCGUCCCGCACAAGCGAUCAAACAGAGCCUAGACAAGCUUGGGUUGGAGUAUGUCGAUUUGUAUCUUAUUCACUCCCCCCGACUCGUUCGGCCUAACAUCUUCCAAGGAUGGUCUGAAAUGGUCGAUAUCCUCAAGAAGGGUCAAUCCAAGUCCAUCGGCGUGUCCAACUUCCUCAUCUCCGACUUGCAGGAACUCGAGUCCUCCCCUAUCACGCCAGCCGUGAACCAAAUCCUGCUCCAUCCCUACGUAUAUGCGCAGACCAAGCCCUUGAUCGAGUACUGCGCUCAGAAGGGCAUCGUCAUCGAGGCUUACUCGCCCUUGGUGCCGCUCACCCAAUACCCCGGAGGGCCGGUGGACAAGCCCGUGUAUGCGAUUGCCGAACGCCUGGGCGUCGCGCCGGAGCAGGUGCUCCUCGCCUGGAUCAAGAGCAAGGGAGCGGUCAUCCUCACUACGAGCAGCAAAAAAGAACGGUUGGAGCGGUAUCAGGCUGUUGCGGAUAUCGACCUCACAGACGAGGAUAUCGAGGCGAUUGAACUCGCUGGGGCGAAAGGCCCGGGACUGGCACGCUUCAGGAAGUACGUGAAGCCAGUUGUUCUGGGACUGGCGUUGCAGGGAGCUGCGUACGUCGCGUACAGAUGGUUGCUUUGAGUACACUGCGCUUGAGGCAUUACCUGGGGCAUACGUGGCUUCUUAACUUAGUGCCCUGUCAGAGCCAAGGACUUGUCGAUGAGUACUGUGUGCCCGGACAUGUAGGAAAUGUAUAUGAUUAUUGU